UAACAGGCAGAAGCUUAUUGUUUGCAGUGAGACACGUCUUGUUGGUCGGUUUUACAACUAAAAGUGAAGUUUACUUAACAACCCUGAAACAGCCAAGAAUCUUAAAGGAAUGGAAACACCAAUUGAACAUCCUUUAGUUCUCAUAUUGCUGCCAGCUUUGACUCUUGUAUUUUUCGUGAGUCCGAUGACUGGAGAGUCAAUGUAUCGAGGGGCCCUAUUCAGAGAAACCACAACAUCAAAAUGCUUGACUGAUCAGAAUGAAACAACUAAAAACGCAGAGUCUACACCAGAAUGCGCCGCUUUCUGUAUGUCAUACGAUGAAUGCCAAUAUUUUAGCUACAGUAACGGCGCAUGUUAUAUGCACCGAUGGUUUUUGGAUGGGGAAAUUGAAGAAUAUGACUGUGACCGACCAUCGUAUCUUUUGUUUUCUGAAAGCAAAACCGAGUGGCAGAAAGUAUUUGAGAUGACCGAAAACUCAUUUAAAAAAAGCCCUAUUUAUUUAUACUGGGACAAAUUGCCUAUUGAAAAGGUGGAACUUCGGCUCAAGAGAGAAUCUGCUGAGGAUGUAUUAUUCUUUUUCAAUGGAACAGAGACGAAUUCGACAUCGUGGUUCCAGAAAGAUAAAUUCUUUCCAAAUCUGUCUCACUCUAUGGAACCGUUGAUUAUGACUUUCAAUGCGAAUUUCAGUUACCCGAACUUUACAAUCGUGUAUACUGACGUGGUCCGUGUAGAAGUCAGAAGACAAACAGGAUAUAACGAAAAGUACGAGAUACAUAUGAAUUUUGGCG